UUAAAAAUGUUAGUUGAUAACAAUUUUAACGUGCAAGAUAAGAUAAGAUAAGAUAAAAAUACUAGAGCAUGUUUUAUAUAAAUUAAAGACUGAAAAUGGAUUUAACUGUAGAUAUCAUGAGUUUAUAAUAGCUAAAGAGAUAUAUGGCGAGCAAUAAUUUAUAUGAUAUAUAUGUCUUACUCAGGAACAAUGCAAUUCAAACAAGAAGGUUUUUUACACAUCAAGAAAACCAUAACCAUGAAGAUAAAGUAUCCCUUAUGCAGCCAAAUAAAAAUCUGGAGGAUAUUGAGAUGGGUAUUUCAGGAAGUAAUACAGAAAUGGAAUAUGAAAUCCCUAAAUGGCUGGACAUAGUGGAAGAGGUGAACUAUGGAAUAACUAAAAUAAAACAGAAAGUGAAAGAGUUGGAUACCUUGCACCAACAACAGUCUAGCAGGCCAACAUUCGACGAAUAUUCCCCCCUGGAAAACGAAAUUCAAUCGAAAAGUCAUCAACUUGUUCAGAUGCUAUCCCAUUGCCAAACUCUGGCCAAAAAACUUUCCUCAUUUUCCACGGUCUAUUCUCCCAAAUCCGAAAAAUCCUUGCACAAAAAUAUAACAUCCUAUCUCGUAACCACUUUAUGCGAACUCACGUCCGCAUUCCGUUUAUCGCAAUCAAACUAUCUUAAACAAAUUGAGAGGCGCAAAACCAUCUAUUCGGAUAUCAUGAACCUCGAUGAUUAUAGCCAUAAAAGUCAUUUAACUAAUAAAGCAGUUGAUACUAUUAUAAGCAGUUCGGACACGGCUAUCAUGCAGGAAACAGCUGUUAUAAUGACCGAAAAAGAAUCAAACCGCUCAAAUAAUUCGCAACCUAAAAAUUCUUACCAAUUUGAUCCCGAUAUCCUUGAAACUAAUUUUCAGACAAAUCAUCAAAUCAUGAUCCAAGACCAAAAACAGUCCAAAGCACCCUUGUUCUUGCUUGAACAAGAGGAGAAUUUUUACGCCAUCAGGGAGAAAGAAGUUCAGAAUCUUGUAAAAUCGAUCACAGAUUUGAACGUUAUUUUCAAGGAUUUGUCACAAAUUGUUGUUGAACAGGGAACCCUCGUGGAUCGCAUAGACUACAACAUGGAAAAAUCAUCGGCCAUCGUGGCUUCCGGUCUUAGUCAGCUGACUCGAGCCUCUGCUUACCAAAAAUCUUACAGCCACAAAAAAUUUAUUUGUAUAUUGUUAUUAGCUUUUUUGGUUGUUUUCAUGGCCAUCUUAUUGAUCCUUUUUAAAAUAUGAAAAUGAUUUCAAACAAAGAAAAACGCCUUUUAAAAAAGAAAUUAAGAAGAACGCGGUAACAUCGCACGUAUCAAGGGGAGAAGAUGAAGAAUAUCUCACUUUUAUUAAUUUUAUUCUU